CAGGCACUUGGCUUCUUGUGGUAUUCUGAUGACCAGAAUUUCUCCUUUGCAAGUACCUGUAAUGAGCCAUACCUUUUCAAGAACUUUCUUCAACAUUGCUGCUCCACUAGUAAAUAAAAGAAAAGAAUAUUCUGAAAGAAGAAUUAUAGGGUAUUCUAUGCAGGAAAUGUAUGAAGUUGUUGCUGUUGUGGAGAAUUACAAACUAUUUGUUCCUUGGUGUAAAAAGUCAGAUAUAUUAUCGAAGCGCUCUGGGUACUGCAAAGCACAGCUAGAAAUAGGAUUCCCUCCAGUAGUAGAGAGGUAUACAUCGGUUGUUACCCUAGUGAGACCACACUUAGUUAAGGCAUCCUGCACUGACGGAAAACUAUUUAAUCACUUGGAAACAGUGUGGCGUUUCAGCCCAGGUAUCCCUGGUUAUCCAAGGACAUGCACAUUGGAUUUUUCAGUUUCUUUUGAAUUUCGUUCCUUUCUACACUCAAAACUCGCUACGCUAUUUUUUGAUGAAGUGGUAAAGCAGAUGGUAGCUGCCUUUGAAAGAAGAGCAUCCAAACUCCACGGCCCAGAAACAAGCAUACCUCGGGAGCUAAUGCUUCAUGAAGUUCAUCACACAUAAAAGGGAAAAUUGUAACAGCCUCUAUUAUAAACUUGUUUGUACGCUUCUUUUGUACAAGAGGUGCCAUGCUCCUCCUUUGGGGCAUCUAGUUCGUAUCUGAGCUUUGUGUGAUUUUAUGCUGCAUGAAACACACCUGUUCAGCCAGAUGUAUAUAGAAUGUUCAAGCUGCCAUCAAGUGCAACUUAAAAAAGUGUUAUCAGUAACAGACAGUUGGCAGCUACUGUAACACAAGUAUCUCAGGCUGCCGUUUAUUAACUUGCCAAAUGGUUUGUGUAGUCACAGUGCAAGUUCUGCCUUAUCCAAGCCUAAGUUUUUGGGUUUUUUUUCAGCAUUGUCACAUAUUAACUCAAGUUUAAGUUAUUAGUAGUGUAAAUGUAACUUAACAGCAUCAACUCGGCCAACUCUGGCCAAGCCAAGGGAAACUGACAUUCUAGCUUUGGGGAGCAUGGAACAGUUUGUCAAGCAUUGACUAGCAGGUGCUUUUAAUCCAAAUGAAUGACAAGGGCAAGUCAGGAGUCUCCAGCUGCUGUUGAGUUCUGACCAGCAACUGCAAUAGAAAAAACAACACAGCCUGAACACUCUUGACUUUUCAGGAAUUAAACGUAAGGGGUACACGCAAUGUAAGGAGUACUACAAUUUGAGUGCAGCAGUUUCGGCUAUGGCCGGUGGUUCUCUGCUGUCUGGGCUCCAGACACUGGUGAGUUUGCAGUAUGUUUGGCAGGCUGAACUUGCCUACCUGCUGCUCUGUCACUGUUACACAUUGCACUUCGGUUAGGGUAGACAGACCUCACCUAAUGCAAACAGCUCCCAGUUCCAACACAGCUUUAAACCAAGUCAGUAAAUGUUACCUCUUUGAGAACUAGGGCACGGAUGCAGGACAUUCUGUACCACAGUGCUGUCCUCCCUGGAAGGAGGGAACCAGGUGCCCUCCACUUGCUGCAGACGAGCACACUCAAGGCCAGUUGUCAUUAAAAAACAUACAAUAGAGACCUAAACCUUAGUUUCUAGGGUUUUUUUUCAGUACUGUGCUACCAUUUAUUUAUCAGUCCAUUAUGAUGGUACCAGCCAUCUUGAUUAUUCUUUUUCAGUAGUUCUAGUCCUUACAUUAAUAUCCUCUAUCCAGUCUCUGAAGAAAUGUAAGUGAAUAGGUGCUACCUUGCAUUACCAAAUUUCCUUACUGAAAUGAGGUAAAUUUUUUGGGUCAGGUGUUGAAGCUGGUCCUUUCUCCAAACUGUACUAACCAUGUGGGUUACGGACACGGUAGUGUAUUAAAUAACAUAGGAAGGUCUGUUUCAGGACAAAGACAACCUUGAAGCAGUUUCAGACCAUUUAGAUACUUUUACCAGAAAGAGCAAUUGAAAUGUCACACAUCCUAUCUGUGAAGGACAGUUCUUAUUAAAGGUAGGAAGCUGGGGAAAGUCACAGCUGGAUUAAGAGGUCUGUUUUAGAGCACUUUUGUUUGUUGAGACAAUCAGAGACAAACAUACACAAGUUUGGGAACACCAUUGUUUUGAAGUCUGGAAAGCAGAAAAGACUGCACAUCAAUGUCAUUAGCUGCAUCAGGUCAAAGAACACAGUAGGUGGCAAAGCAAGCUGUCAUUUUUAAGGGUAAAGAAGCAUCUAGUGCAAAAUAAUUCAAACUAAAUCCUGGAGCCCACUACCAGAAAGCUGGAAGACAAGGGUGGAAGUCUCAGGGCAAGGAGGUAACCACAUACUAUGCCUGAGCAAGAGGAACAUUAAGAAAACCCACAACCCUUUCUUAGCAAAGGUACCCGUUUCCUACCCUCAGGGCACUUUCCCUCCCCCAGUACUGUGAAAGGUGCACUGGGCCUUUUCAUGUGUUCCAGCACGUGAAACAAGCGGUAUAGACAUAAAGCCAAUGCACGUGCCUUCUUUUCAUAGCAUUGUUUAAUAUUUCAAGGAACUGCAGUGUCAGUUCAGCCGAGAUAUUUCUUACCAAAAUUAAAGUCGUCACUUGUAUUUCUGAGAAACAUUCUAGACAAAGGAAUGCUUCCUGGAGGUAAAGGGCCUGUCAUUUCCAAGCCCAAGUGUCAGGUUUCUAGUAAAUCUUAGAAGCAGCAGGCUUUGUGCACAGGUGAAUAAGGUGAUACAUUUUAUAACUUUUGAGCAGUUUGUUUUAUUACAUAAAGGUCACAUAACUGUAUAUUUGCCUACUUUGUACACAAUUGUCUAGUCUCACGCACAGUGGCUUCCAAGUUCUUCCUAGUACUGGCAAGCACCAAUAAAUUCUGAAA